AAGUCGCGUGGUUACAUCAGUGAUAAAUAAAGUCGAUUCAAAAUAUUUGGUUUGGUGGAAUUUUCCAAUCCAAAAAGUCUCAUUUUCACGCAGCGAUGCCUUUUAUUUGUAUAAGGGAGGCAAGGAAACGAGGAAAGCAUCGCUUAGAAGGGAUUGGCUUGGACCUGAAGGUCGGCGAAUUGAAGGAAAAGACGUCUGAGAUUGUUAGUAUACCGGCUAACGAACAAAAUAUCAUUUAUGGUGGUCAGGUCCUGAGAGAUGAGAACUCCCUUGAGAUGUGUGGCGUGAAAGAAGGCUGUACUGUCUACAUAUUGAGAAAACUCACAGAACAAGAUCCAAUAGAGCAAGACAAAGAAAAUACAUCUGUUUCCAAUGUAAUGCAAGUCCUUGAAGCAGCAAUCAAGAGUCCUACCUACAGAAACACAAUUGAACAAAUUCUUGGGGACCCAGUCAUGCUAGAGCAGCUGAUUUCUGCCACGCCCGGUCUGUCUGAUGACCCCGUUGCACUGACUCUUCUGCAGGACCGUGAGCUCUUACAACAAGUUAUAGAAACAGCUGAUAUUGACAGGGUUGUCAGGCAACACCCCAGUCUUGUACAGGCAGCGUCCUACAUCGCGGCAGCAGCUGCUAAUGAUGACACUUCUCCUGGCCGUGGAGUUGUAGCAAAUGACAUGGAUGAGGAAAUGCAGGAUAUGGAUCCAGGGCUGAUAGCCCAGGCAGAGAUGGUAGCCGCCCACGAGGAGCGCAUACAAGCCUCACAAGCCACCAGAGCGCAGGUUACACCAUCCAUGCUUGCUCUUGCUCUUGCGAGUGCUGGCUUACCGUCUUCAAAUGACUCGCCUAGUGGAGCAGGCCCUUCAGGAACAAGUCCAUCUACAGGCGGGACCUCCUCAUCAUCCAGCCGUACCAACAGAGUGACAAGGAACCUUUUCUCCCAGGCCAUGUCCUCGGCAAUGAGUGGCUCUUCGGCAGCAGGAAGCAGCUCUACAGAGCUGACAGAGACACAGCUACAGGGACAGCUGCAACAAUUGCGUGAUAUGGGGAUCACUGACCAAGAGGCGAGCCUUCGGGCGCUACGGGCCAGCGGUGGAGACGUGCAGUCUGCGCUGGACUUGCUGUUUGGCGGUACCUAGUGCGCAUGUCAAAUGCAAAUCAAUAAGAAAGAAAGAUGAGUGAUGUGGUCGUAUUGACUGAAAUACUGCUAAGCUGAAUGAUGUGACGUCUCUGCUACUGUUAUUGAUGUUAUAUGAAAAUACUGACAUUAAAGCUUCAUAAAUAAA